AUGUGUUCUUUCUCAACCGCCGUGCUCUUACAGUGAAAUGCAGAGGAAUAAAUUCAACAUCGACUGAAAGUUAUACUUUAUUGCCUUGUGGACUAUUAUCAUCUGAUACGUGACUGUUUACUCGUGAGAGAAAUAUUAAGGUUGGAUUUGUUUCCUCCCCCUCUGCUGCUCCAUAGUGUGGGAUCCUCCGUCUCUCUCGCAUUAGCGCCUUUCUGCUGCUGCAGUAUGAACGGACACAGGCGGACCGGUUUAGUACACGCGUAUUUCGGUUAAAAUGUUUGGCGCUUGAUUGGGAUUUUGGGAACGACUUCAAGACGGACACGUGGAAUAAUAAAUAAUGUCACUGCUUUGAAAUUCGUUCUUGGGAAGUGCACAGGCAAAAGCGUGUACUUGUUUAUUAUUGGAUCCAUGAAAUAAAGGGUGAAAAUGACCUAUGGCAGAAGUUGAAUCGCAAACAGAGAGACUCUGAGUAAGCUGGACGGGGCCUGUCCCAUAAUCCGCGCUCGUCGGGUCAAGGGACCAUGGGAGAUGGAGGCGUCAAUGCGGUGGGAGAAGGGGUGAAUCAGUCCCAUAUGCUCUUUGACCGCUUCGUCCAGGCCACCACCUGCAAAGGCACUCUCAAGGCUUUUCAAGAGCUUUGUGACUUCCUGGAACUCAAGCCCAAUGAAUACCGUGUGUUCUACCACAAACUCAAGUCCAAGCUCAACUACUGGAAAGCCAAAGCUCUCUGGGCCAAGUUAGACAAGCGCGCCAGCCACAAAGAAUACAAAAAAGGAAGGGCCUGUGCCAACACCAAAUGUCUGAUCAUUGGAGCUGGACCAUGUGGUUUGCGUACAGCCAUAGAGCUGGGCUUCCUUGGAGCCAAGGUGGUUUUGUUGGAGAAGAGGGAUGCAUUCUCCCGAAACAAUGUGCUCCAUCUUUGGCCUUUCACCAUUCAGGAUCUGAGGGGUCUUGGAGCCAAGAAGUUCUACGGCAAGUUUUGUGCUGGAGCCAUCGACCAUAUCAGUAUUCGUCAGUUGCAGCUGAUGCUCUUGAAGGUAGCUCUUCUCCUUGGCAUCGAGAUUCACGUCAACGUGGAGUUCAAAGGCCUCAUUGAGCCACCAGAAGACCAAGAGAAUGAGAGAAUUGGGUGGAGAGCCGAGGUCCACCCCAGAACACAUCCAGUCAAUGAGCUAGAGUUCGACGUCAUAAUUGGGGCUGAUGGGAGGAGAAACACGCUGUCAGGUUUCAGGAGGAAGGAGUUUAGGGGCAAAUUGGCUAUUGCUAUCACAGCUAACUUCAUUAACCGCAACACAACUGCAGAAGCAAAGGUGGAGGAGAUCAGUGGAGUAGCCUUCAUCUUCAACCAGAAGUUCUUCCAGGACCUUAGAGAAGCCACAGGAAUUGACCUGGAAAACAUUGUCUACUAUAAGGAUGACACACACUACUUUGUAAUGACUGCCAAAAAGCAGAGCCUGCUGGAGAAGGGUGUCAUUCUACAUGACUAUGCCGACACAGAAAUGCUGCUCUCCAGGGCCAAUGUUGACCAGAAGGCUCUGCUGUCCUAUGCCAGAGAAGCAGCAGAUUUCUCUACCAAUCAUCAGCUUCCUAAGCUGGACUUUGCCAUCAACCAUUACGGCCAGCCUGACGUCGCCAUGUUUGACUUCACCUGUAUGUACGCCUCAGAGAACGCAGCGCUCGUCCGCCAGCGCAACGCCCAUAAGCUACUAGUAACCCUGGUGGGGGACAGCCUUCUAGAGCCAUUCUGGCCGAUGGGCACUGGAAUAGCAAGAGGCUUCUUGGCAGCCAUGGAUGCAGCGUGGAUGGUGCGGAGUUGGGCUCAUGGAAGCUCCCCUUUGGAAGUGCUGGCUGAACGGGAAAGUAUCUAUCGACUGCUGCCUCAGACGACACCAGAGAAUGUGAGCAAGAACUUUAGCCAGUACAGCGUGGACCCGACUACACGGUACCCCAACAUCAGCCUUCACCAAGUGAGACCCAACCAGGUACGGCAUCUGUUAGACACCGGAGAAACCAGGGAUUUGCGUGUCGACAUGGAGAAUGUGGUCAACUCAUCAACUCCUAAACUCAAAAGAAAUGAAAUUCUGCUUGAGAAGCAAUUGCAAGAGUCCAUCGUGCGCUCCAGUAAGCUGCUGAACUGGUGUCAAAGACAGACGGAGGGAUACAGAGGUGUCAGCGUGUCUGAUCUCACCAUGUCCUGGAAGAGCGGCUUGGCCCUGUGCGCGCUCAUCCACCGAUACAGACCAGACCUCAUUGACUUUGACUCGUUGGAUGAGAAAGACAUGGAGAAGAACAACCAGUUGGGUUUUGACGUGGCCGAAAAAGAGUUUGGGAUUUCUCCCAUCAUGACCGGGAAGGAGAUGUCAGUUGUGGUGGAGCCUGACAAGCUCUCCAUGGUGAUGUACCUCAGCCAGUUCAACGAGAUGUUCAAGGACACUGUGCCACCAGGUGAAAACCACAAUCUGAGCCCUGAGGAGAAGGCUGCGUUGAUUGCCAGCACUAAGUCACCCAUCUCGUUCCUCAGUAAACUGGGUCAAAGCAUCGCUAUCUCCCGCAAACGAAACCCCAAGGAUAAAAAAGAAAAGGAACUGGAUGGUCUGGGGAAAAGACGAAAGACCAGCCAGGCUGGACAAUCAGAGGAUGAAGAGUUGCAGAGGGUUAAUCGAGACGACAGGCCCUCUAUAGCUACUGCUCUGACAGAACGUAAAAUUGACUCUGCUGCAGCAGCGAACAACAACAACAAAGUGAAGUCGAUGGCCACACAGCUGUUAGCGAAGUUUGAGGAGAACGCCCCGACGCAGUCCACCGGUCUCAAGCGACAGGGGGACUCCAUGCCCGAUCUGGGGCUCAUACUGACCCCCUCUCCGGCCGCUCCCUCUCUGAAAGAGUCAGUGCGGCUGGCUCCAGUCCCUGCAUGGAGGAAGAGGCGCACACAGUUACAGGAGCAGAUGAGUUUCCGCUAUAAAGAAAGACUGAAGUGUCAAACUCUCCCCAUCAAACAGGAGCAGGCCAGCAGCGGGACUGAGGUCUUGAGGAGCUGCCCUAAGAAAACCAUUCUCCUUUCUUCUUCCUCACCCUCAUCUUCCUCAUUCUCUUCAUCGUUUCUUCCACACGCACAGGGUUCCUUGCGGAAGGAGUUCCCUCAGAAUAUUGGAGGCAGCGAUGUGUGUUUCUUCUGUCGGAAGCGCGUCUAUGUGAUGGAGCGUCUCAGUGCAGAGGGAAAGUUUUUCCAUCGCAGCUGCUUCAAGUGCGACUACUGCGGCACCACCCUCCGGCUGUCCUCCUACGCCUUCGAUGUUGAGGAUGGGAAGUUUUACUGUAAACCACACUACUGCUACCGACUUUCUGGUCUGGCACAGAGAAAACGGCCUGCGCCUGCUGCUGCUGCUCCCGUAAACCCCAAGGAGCCCCAGGUGUUGGCGGUAACCCCCAACACAGUGGACGCCCCAGGCCAAGCCAUAACUUCUCAGGCCCCCGUGGAACGCCAGCCAUCAGUGACAGAGGUGAACGGGGUUACAGAGCCCAGCGUGGCCAAACGUGUUAAAGGGACUCCUGAGAGGAUCGAGCUGGAGAACUACCGUCUAUCUAUGAUGAGAGAGGAGGAGCUGCAGGAGGUGCCUGAGGAGACGCUGGCUGAGCACAACCUCAGCAGUGUGCUGGACAAAGCCACCGACAUCGAGGAGGGAUCCAGCAGCUCAGAGUCUGAUAUGGAGGAAGAGGAUGAAGAACCGGAAGCGGCCGGCCCGUCUGAUCUGGGUGGGGUUCCCUGGAAAGAGGCGGUGGAGCUCCACACUAAACUAAAGGGAGGAAGCGACCCUGGAGCAGCAGAAGAUGAUGAUCGCCUUCAUGACGGGGAUGAAGAGAUGGACGAGGAUGAAGAGGAGGAAGAUGAAGACGAGGAGGAGGAAGAGGAGGAAUCGAGUGAUGCGGGAGAGUAUUUCCCCUGGGACAGGGAGCUUCAUGCAGGUCUUUGGUUGGAGAAUCUCACAAAUGAAGAGGAUACGGGUAUAUUUAAAGCUAGGAACCUGCAAAUCCAGCAAGCCAUACAUCCAGUAGACCCUCUAGACAUCCAGAUGGACAACCACUGGACAUCCAAACAAGCUGAGGGGCUGGUUGAGGGCCACUCGAUGUCACCCUUAGGCUCUCAGCCCUCGCUGAACAACACCCAGAUCACACAGCCCACCUCCUCCACAGCCCCCACCCACAAAGCCAUGCGUCAUGAGACUGUCAGAGCCUGGUUGGACUCGAUGUCUGGAGAGCCCUGUGAAGAGGAUGAUGACCCAGAAGCAGAAGCAAGCAGUCCUGACUUUGAGCCAGGCACUGAAAUAGAUCAAGAGGACAUUCCCUCAGAUGCAGAGGCUGAAGCUCGUUCAAGUUGCAUAGAUGAAGUGGUGAUGCUUCCAGUGGAUAAUGGCAAAGCAGAGAGCCAGGGAGAUGUUUCUAACACUGAGAAAACAUCUGCAAAUCCGAGGGAAUUGAUUGUGGACGUUGUGCUGUCUCCAAUCCAAAAACCUGCUUUACCCAUUGAUAAGGUGAAAGAAGUUUCUCCUGUUAUUCUAGUUAAAUCUCCUGGUGCACGGUUUUUCCCUGAGCCCUAUCUACCUGAUAAUGUCAAACCGAAAAUUCCCCUUGAUGCUAAAAGUCCCCAUUCUCCUGUUGCUCAAAUUGUUGCGCCCAUCUGUUCCCAACCUGUUUCACAACCAGAGACAGCGAAUCCCAAAUCUCCUGUCCAGCCCGAGCCUUGUGCCUGCUCUCCAACAAGUAAUCCUUUAUCUCCAAUAUGUACCCAAUCACAACCCUGCCACGAGCCACCCUCACCCCUCUCCACAAGCUCCCCUGUCAGGACUCAGCCAGUCCCAGCAGUCACCUCCACUCCUAAACCUGCUUCUGAGAAGAGAACCAAUGAACCCUUGAAAGAUUCAGUGCCUGAGGAAACCCCCGUCAGGAAAACAGACCUCAUUGAGGAGUUCUGGUUGAAGAGUGCAGAGAUCAGAAAGAGUUUAGGACUCACUCCUCUGGAAAGAAGCAAAACGACAGUGGAGAAGAGCAUUGUGAAAACUCCAACGUCUGAAUCAUCAUCUCCAAAGUCUUACACCCCAGAGGACUUUUCUGAAGAGCAGAAGCCUACUUUCACAGGCCGUUCUAUCAUACGCAGAAUUAACAUUACCUUGGAGGGUCAGGUUAUAUCUCCGGUGGAACCUAAGAGUAAUGGUUCUGAGAAGAAAGACUUGAGCAGCAGUUCUGGGUUGGGUCUUAAUGGAAGCGUGACUACCAGUCAGACAGCAGCUAGUGACAGCUACAACAACUCUGAUUCUACCAUGCUAACCCCUCCUUCCAGUCCCCCACCACCUCCACCUAAUGAGAAGCCAGCUUCGCGCCAAAAAAAAAGACCUCAGGUGUCCUGGGACAACCUCUUUGAAGCCACAGAGGAACCUAAACCUGAGACUACACCCCCUAAACCGAAGACUCCAGUUAGUCCUCCUCAACCAAAACCAGUUACGGCUCCAGUUCCAGACCCUAGAACUAACCCACCUGUUGUUAUGAGGGUAAAGGAACCGAUUAAACCACGCCGUGAAGAAGUGAGAAAGUCUUUUGUGGAGUGUGUAGAUGAGAUCCCAUUUGCUGACGACGUUGAAGACACGUACGAUGACCGCACUCCAGACACAAGUGGUCUGGAAAACUUUUCCACCCCGCCAACCAGCAAGGUCAACCGGGAGAAACCGCCUUUGCACUUGGCUCUGGCAAUGGAAAAUGGCAAGCCCAACAUACCUGGUGGGGUUUCCCGGACAGCAAAGGGUCCCCAAGAUUUUUCUCCCGAAGCCAAGGAGAUCGCAGAAGAGCGAAUGCGGGCACGGGAAAAGUCUGUGAAGAGCCAAGCUCUAAAGGACGCCAUGGCCAAGCAGCUUACUAAGAUGAAAGAAUCAGAUGCUGCCAAGGGUGCUGUGGCAAAAGUAGCCUGGAAUGUUCCUGAGACAACAAAGAAAAACAAAAAGCAAUCAAACACACCCAAGGACUCUGCAGUGAAGGCUUUGGAGUCCAAAAAGCAGACAGACACACUACCUGACCGUGUCUUCACCACACAAACCAGUAAGAACUUGGACAGUUCUGUCACAUCUUCAGAAAGCACAACAGGAGGCAAAAGCAAGAAGCGCAGCUCACUGUUUUCUCCACGGAAGAACAAAAAGGAAAAGAAAGCCAAAAAUGAAAGGCUCUCUGGCACAGAAGAGACUCCACCCAAACACAAGUCCCUGUGGAAGACGGUGUUCUCUGGUUACAAGAAGGACAAAAAGAAGAAAGACGGCAAGUCAUGCCCAAGCACACCUUCAAGCUCUACAACUGCAGACUCAGGGAAGAAGAAAGAAUCACCACUGGACAGGUCCUCAGAUUUACGUCUGAGGAGAAAUCUCAGCUUUUCUGAGGAUUCUGAUCUCUCCUGUGACGAUGUUCUGGAAAGAUCCUCUCAGAAGUCCAAGGGUGAUUCUGUUUAUGUACCUCAUGCAUUGGUGUUCAAGAGAUCGUAUGCCACAAAGGUACUAUGUUCAUUCAUUCCCAUUGGUCUACCAGUUUUACGCAUGUCAUAUCACACCGUCAUGCCUAACCCCUUAUUGUUGGUCCGAAUAUGUUUGCUUUAUUGUAUUACUAACUGUUUUCUGCAGCAUGGUGAAGGCUAAAGCGCCCCCUUUCUGCUGGAGGAUGUAACUGUAUCACAUAACAUUCUCAAAAGGCUUUUUGGCUGUUUACCUGCAUACUAUUUUCUAUAUUGUGUACCUCA